ACAGUAAUAAUUUAAUAUUAAUUUGAAGCAUGGAUGGAUUCUCAAAGUAGAAUCAAACUUUUGAGCAUUGUAAAACUGCAAGCAUUUUAAAUUAUUAAGGUUACAUUUCAUGCUAGCAAUACAUAUUAUGCUGAAAUGUAGCAUAUAAAUAAGUAGUUUACACUACCUCAGACUAGCAGAAAAUGAGACAUUUCAAGAAAUGCAAGAAAGCUUUGAUAUCUUCUUACUCUUCAAAAUAUUAUUAGGUAGAUUCAAGUGAAAAUUUUAAGGCAGUUUUUCUGCUUAAGUUUAUGUAUAAACAAACAGAUUGCUUGGGUAGCUCAGCUGUCACUGCAAUUCAUUUUUGUUUAAGCAAAUUUUUGAAGGUAGAUUGAUGCCAUUUUGUUUCACUACAGCAGUAAGAGCCCAAAAGAUGUAGCAUAAACUUGCUGAGAAGCAUUCACGGAAAAUUGCUGCUAAAAUCUGGAAAAAAGCAAGCAAGCGAAGCAGGGUAAGGAUGUGAACAGUGUUGUGGUGGCAACCAAGCACCCGGCCACAGCCUACAUCCACCCGAACAACCUCUUUUGCGGACUUUUUGUUGUUGGAAUGAGAAAUUUAAGCCAUUUCUAUAAAAAAAGAAUAAAAAUAGAUAAAGGUAGGUGAGGUUUAAAAGAGUUUAACGCUGGAUCUGCACGACGUGCCCGGCCGGGGCCGCAGGUACCGCUCCCGCGGGCCCCACGGCCCGUGUUAGUGCGCAUGCGCCCCCUCCCUUUUGUGCGGCCCGCCCGGCUUCCCGCCUUUUCCUCGGGGGCGGGAGUCGCUGAGGCGGGACCGGCUCCUGUUGUCCCCGUCCGCCGCGAGGGCUGCCAGAGGCUCUGGUGCGAGUGGAGGUGAGGGGUCUGGGACGGAGCGGUGUUCCCUCUGCCUGCGGGAGGCUGUGAGGCUGGUGGGUCCCCUCCCUGUGAGGCGGCGGCCGUGGUGGGCGCUGUGCGGGGGUGAGGCAGUGAGAGGGGAGAGGAGGCCAUCGCAGGGCAGAGGGAGAGGGAUGAAAGGUGUUUGGGUGGGGAGUAUGGAACAGGGUUAGGACACUGCGGUGCCCCUCAGCCUUUGAUACCCCAGUGGCUUCGCCCCAAAACCUGUUGUGGCAGUGGUGUGGUGUGGGCCUGUCUCCCUUGCUGCUCUGAGGUAGAAAUAGGUGGGACCCCACAAUGAAAAGCCCAAUGUAGGAAGGUCACACAAAUACUGGUUUAUUUCACGUCUUUUUGGGCAGGGUGAAAAAAGGAGGCGAGUUUCUCUGAAAAAUCGUUUUUAAAUGCGCAACUGUGGAUUGAAGAUACUUGAAUUGGCUGAAGCAGUAGGAAGAAAAUCUCAUUAUGGCACCAUCGGGAAGAAAGCAUGGAGGAAAAGCUGGUAAACCAGCACAGGAAGAUCAAGCCAUACCUGCCUAUGACUUUCAGGAGGAAAGAAAAGAGCUGAGUGGAUCAGAGGAAGAUAUUAGAGAAGGCGAAACACCGGUAAUGGACAAGCAUGGAAAGAAGAGAGCUUUGGUGACUACUCAUGUCGUUCCAGAUGAUGUGGGGGGUGAAGUACAGAAUAUGCUGGAAAGAUUUGGAGCUGACAUUAACAAGGCUUUGUUAGCUAAGAGGAAAAGAUUAGAAAUGUAUACAAAAGCCUCACUCAAAACCAGUAACCAGAAGAUUGAACAUGUUUGGAAAACACAGCAGGAGCAAAGGCAGAAGCUCAAUCAUGAGUUCUCCCAGCAGUUCCUGACUUUAUUUCAGCAAUGGGAUGUAGAUGUGCAGAAAGCAGAGGAGCAGGAAGAAAAACUAGCGAAUAUGUUUCGUCAGCAACAAAAAGUUUUUCAACAGGCAAGAGUAGUUCAGAGUCAGAGACUGAAAACCAUUAAGCAACUCUAUGAGCAAUUCUUAAAGAGCAUGGAAGAGCUGGAAAAGAGCAAUGAAAAUCUUCUAGCUGGUGCACAAAGUGAACUUCGCAAAGAAAUGGCAAUGUUGCAGAAGAAGAUUAUGAUGGACACCCAACAGCAGGAGAUGGCAACUGUUCGCAAGUCUCUUCAGUCCAUGUUAUUCUGAUGGCUCAAUGGAGAAACAACUUGUACCUAAGUGACAUGAUACAAGUAUAGGCAUUAGCCAUAGAGAAGUAUGUUAAGAUUUAAAUGUUUUAAAGUUCCUAUUAAGCAUUUUCAUGGAUUGUUCUAACCUUGUGUCUGAUAAUGUUGUAAGAACAUAUAUUAAUAAAUUUAUUACUUUGGGGG